AUGUUCGGCAACAUCCUCCAGAACCUAAAGGAUGCGGAGCAGGCAGUACUUGAGGCGCAGGCCAUAUAUGAUAGCGACCCAACACCCGCGCAUAGGGCUGAUUUCAGUAGAGUGUCUGCAGAGCUAAUCAUCACUGCCAAGAUGGAGGAAGAGUUUUGGAGGCAAAAGGCGGCAAUUAAAUGGGCUACUGAUGGAGAAAGGAAUUCCAAAUUCUUCCAUGGUUGGGUCAGACAGAAGAGAGUUAAGUCGAGGAUACACACGGUUGAGGAGAAGGAGGUCAAGGAUGCAGUUUUUGGGAUCAGUGGAGACAGUGUGUCCGGGCCGGAUGGGUUCACUUCAUUGUUCUUUCAGCACUGCUGGGACACUGUGGGGCGUGAUGUGAGUGCAGCCGUCGGUGACUUCUUUAGUGGGGCGUUUAUGCCUAGAAGCUUCACGGCGACCAUGAUCGUUCUCAUUCCGAAGAAGCCUAACCCGGUCACGUGGGGAGAUUUUAGACCGAUCAGCCUCUGCAAUGUUACGAACAAGAUCAUCACAAAGAUCCUGGCUUCGAGACUCGCACCUCUACUUCCCCUUGUCAUUGCGCCAAAUCAGAGUGGGUUCAUCAAGGGCCGCCUGCUUAGCGACAAUGCUCUUCUGGCUCAAGAGUUGAUAAAUGACCUGGGGAAGGAGCUCUCGAGUAGAGGGAGAUCGCCCAACCUGGCUCUCAAGCUGGAUAUGGCGAAGGCAUAUGAUAGAGUCCAGUGGCCGUUUCUACUCAAGGUUUUGGACACGAUGGGAUUCUCACAGACCUGGGUGGAUAUGAUCAGGAGAUGCAUCUCGUCAUGUUGGUUUUCUGUCCUGGUGAACGGUGGCCCGGCAGGCUUCUUUCAGUCAUCCAGGGGGCUGAGGCAAGAAGACCCCUUAUCCCCUUCCCUCUUUGUAUUGGCGGCAGACUACUUAUCGAGAUGUCUUGAUAGAUUGAUCAAGGGGGAUAGAGAGAUGGUCUAUAGAUGUCGGAAAAAGGCCCCCAUUAUCACUCACCUCUCCUAUGCAGAUGACAUCAUCAUUUUCUCGAGGGCUCAUAGAGAGGCGGUGGAGAAGUUGGUUGGAUGUCUGGAUCACUACAUAGUUGUUUCUGGUCAGCUGGUGAACAAUGGGAAGACACACUUCUUUUUGGCGAAUGAGCACAUGGAGUUCGCUGACGUUGUGGAGGAGGUUGGAGGAUUUCAGAGAGGUGCGAUGCCUUUUACAUACCUUGGGGUGCCGAUUUUCCGAGGAGCGAGGAGGGCAGACCAUCUGCUGCCCCUUAGGCAGAGGUUGAUGGACAAGAUCCACAGCUGGUCCCACCGACAUCUUGCUUUUGGAGGUCGUCUGGCUCUGAUUAAGAGCACCCUGGCCGCCAUCCCGCUACACAUUUUACAGGUUAUGAGCCCCCUACUUGGGUUUCUAGACGAGUUGGAGCAGAUUUUGGCUAGAUACUUUUGGGGCACAGUUGGAGAGAAGAGGAAGCUGCAUUGGAUUUCUUGGAGACAAAUUUGCUUGCCUUUUGAUGAGGGUGGCUUGGGUAUUCGCCGCUUCAGGGAGGUGGCAGUGGCUUUUGGAUUCAAGCUGUGGUGGAGACUGCUAGCUCAGGACUCUCUCUGGGCCAAGUUCAUGACCCAGAAAUACAGUAUCCUUCCUUGUCAUUUGCAUACAUCCCCUUGUUGGUCACAUGAUAGUCCUACUUGGCGUCGUUUGCGUCGUAUUUGGUCAUACAUGCAUGAGAAUAUUCGUUGGUCCUUGGGUGAGGGGAAGAUCAGCUUCUGGGAUGAUGUCUGGCUUGGGACUAGCUCCAUCCGGAAUCUGUGCGUCCCGGGAAAUGAUCCUCCCCAAUCGCAGGCUGUUGUAUCAUAUUGGCAUGAGUAUGCAUGGGAUGGGGAUAUGCUGCAUAGUUUAUCUUUCAGGUUUGGCGUACCUCUCAAUGUGAUAGACCAGAUCAGAGCCACGCCGAUCGAGUUGGGGGCGAAGGAUGUGAGGCGGUGGAGUCUGACUAGCCAUGGCGAGUUCUCUGUGACCUCAGCCUGGGAGAGCAUCCGGACUAGACUGCCAAAGAGGGAGAUUUUUGGUCUUAUUUGGAACCAGGGGUUGGCUCCUACCAUGUCGGUGUUCAUUUGGAGGUUACUAUUUGGUAGGCUGCCGGUAGAUGAAAAGUUGCAGAGGAGGGGAAUUGAGUUAGCGUCUAGGUGUCAGUGUUGUAGGUCUCCUUGGGUCGAGUCUCUCAGCCAUGUCUUUCUUUCGAGUCAGUCGGCGAUUUAUGCAUGGGAGUACUUCAAUGCCUGGUUUCCUUCCUCGCACACACCGAUUCACACGAGCACCGAUAUUGCACUUAGACUAGGUCACUCAUCAUCUGCAUGUGCUAGUUUUGGCCGGCAGGAUCACCUCGACUCAUUGGAGGGGUGCUCACCGUCGGUUGAUUUCAUGUCUUUCUCCCCCAGACAGCGUGUUCUGCGGUCGCUCAUGGUCCUAUGGCAUCCCCCUGAUGCACCUUGGGUGAAGCUGAACACGGACGGCGCCUUCUCUACAUCGACACUGGCGGCGGGGGAGGGAGGACUGGGGGCACCAAUCCCCAACACUAUCUCCUAUGGUAUCUGGGAGGGAGUUGCGUUUGAGUUUGAUCAAGUGGACUGUGAGGUUGGGAACGUGUGGUUUGGAGAAGGGGCCUUUGUGCGCAACAACAUCGCAAUGAUCGAAGCAGUGAACCUCUCCCCAAUGUUCAUGGUGGACCCUCCUGGCUUGUUUGAUAUUCAAAUCUUCACCCGCACGAACGCGUUAUACAUAAGAGAAGGUGUUCCCCGCUUUUACGCCAUGGGUGAAGCUGCAGUCCCUGCUGGAAGGGUGAUCGCAGAACAAGGAGGACAGGCCCAGGAACAGAGACAGGCAAACUUGGAGAGGGCGGUGACAAAGUAG